CACUCAUUGGCCUUCAGCCUGCCGGGGGCGGGGCUUGGGUGGUCCUCAAAAGGAAUUAGCAGCGUGAGAGGAGAGCCCUGGAGGCUGAUGCUCUUAUCUCACUCUCUCCGGUCUUCCUCAGGAGCCUCUGCUUUCAGGAUUGUCCUCCUUCUGGCUCAGUUUGGGACAGAGCCUCCAGUCAGGGGACACCUGUGGCCUUGGAUUUUAAUCUCAGUGAUGGGAAAACUUGAAAAUGCUUCCUGGAUCCAUGAUCCUCUCAUGAAGUAUCUGAACAGCACCGAGGAGUAUCUGGCUCACCUCUGUGGACCCCGGCGCAGCCACCUCUCACUCCCCAUGUCUGUGGCCUAUGCUCUGAUCUUCGUGGUCGGGGUGAUGGGCAAUCUUCUGGUGUGCCUGGUGAUCUUCCGACAUCAGACCUUGAAGACACCCACCAACUACUACCUCUUCAGCUUGGCAGUCUCAGACCUGCUGGUCCUGAUCUUUGGGAUGCCUCUGGAGGUCUAUGAGAUGUGGCACAAUUACCCCUUCCUGUUCGGGCCGGUGGGCUGCUACUUCAAGACAGCCCUCUUCGAGACUGUGUGCUUUGCCUCCAUUCUCAGUGUCACCACGGUUAGCAUAGAGCGCUAUGUGGCCAUCGUCCACCCGUUCCGAGCCAAGUUGGAGAGCACGCGACGACGGGCCCUCAGGAUCCUCAGCCUGGUCUGGGGCUUCUCUGUGAUCUUUUCUUUGCCCAACACCAGCAUCCACGGCAUCAAGUUCCAGCAUUUUCCCAACGGGUCCUCUGUGCCUGGUUCAGCCACCUGCACAGUCACCAAGCCCAUGUGGGUAUACAACCUCAUCAUCCAAGCCACCUCCUUCCUCUUUUACAUCCUCCCGAUGACCAUCAUCAGCAUCCUCUACUACCUUAUGGGGCUGAGACUAAAGAGAGAUGAAUCCCUUGAGGCAGACAAAGUUUCUGUGAACAUCCACAGACCCUCCAGAAAAUCAGUCACCAAGAUGCUGUUUGUCUUGGUCCUUGUGUUUGCUAUCUGCUGGACCCCCUUCCAUGUGGAGCGGCUCUUCUUCAGCUUUGUGGAGGAGUGGACUGAGUCCCUGGCCACUGUAUUCAAUCUCAUCCAUGUGGUAUCAGGUGUCUUCUUCUAUCUGAGCUCAGCCGUUAACCCCAUUAUCUAUAACCUCUUAUCAAGACGCUUCCGGACAGCCUUUAGGAAUGUUGUCUCUCCUUCCUGCAAAUGGUGUCAUUCCCAGGAUCUCCCACCAGGACCUCCAGCCCAGAAGAUCAUCUUCUUGACAGAAUGCCACCUCGUGGAGUUCACAGAGGAUGCGGGCCCUCAGUUUCCCUAUCAGUCAUCUAUCUACAACUCGCACCUCUCCACAGCCCCCUAGCUGGACAGGUACUGUGAAGGCCACUUCAGAUGGCCUGCAUUCUGUGGAUCGACAUCCCUCUGAGCCCCAGCACUGAACGGAGGGACAUCCUGUCACCUGUGUCUCCUGUGUACCAUUAGAGAGAUAACAAGACUCUUAGAUGCCAUGCACUUGUUCCCUUUUUAAUAUAAAAAUCCAGACCUCGUUCUAGGUCACCAUGCACACAUUGCUGAGUCAGACCCUCUAUCUUUCUGUAUUGUGAGUUUUCAUAACUGUGAUUGCAAUGUGCCAUGUGAGUCUUACUUAAAGAUACUCUCAAAAUGGUUGAGUUUAAUGGAGUGAAGCAUUACAGAGGAGCUAAGAAGCACAGCACAGUUAGCCCAACCUCCAAUCCAAGGACUCCUAAGAAGCUACUGGUGGUGAGCCAGCGGUUGGCUCAGAACUGCUUGCUAAGGUUUACCCCUCCAAUAAUUAGGACUUUUGCAAGCUUUCUGUUGAAUGAGCUAUGGCUUGAAAUCAGUCAUAGUAGAAAUAUUUAUGCUACAGAAAUUAACAAGCUCUCUAAAUCAGGUCUAAAUAAUUUUUAUCCCCUGGAGAGCUGGCCUGUGGGCAGGUUGAGAGCUAUUAAUAAGCUGGCACUCUGCCAGUUUGCUGCAAUGUGGAUGACUUGUUUUUAGAACAAAUGCUGGUAAUGCUGUAAUUAUGGACUAUUUAGAGUCAUGGUUAACUUGAAAAAAUGCUAUGGACUAGAUUUUUUUAAAAUCGAGAGUUCCUAAAUUAAAAAAUAAGCAAAAAACUGCUAAUUAAGACAAGGAAGCGGCAUUAGCAUUUUAUAAUUAACCUAGAGUCAAAAGAUUAUUUUUGGAUGCCAUCCAUUAACAUUAGUGCAUAAAACAAUGGACCGAGUGUUAUUUUCACUCACAUAUCUAUAUUUACAGAGUCCACCACAUAUGUUGUCAAAACAGGCAAAUUUUCUAUAUUUUCUACUUGGCUGCAGACUUAUUUUCUUUUCAACAUAUAGAAACCUGGUAAGUGGGUGAAGGCUUUCACAACCAAGCCUAGGGAUCCGAGUUCAAUACCUGGAACUCACAUGGUUGAAGAAGAGAACUGACUCCUCAAGCUGUCUUCUGACUUCCAAAUAUGCACCAUUACAUACGCUCUCCACAUACCACUACACACACCAAACUAAAUAAAUUCUUAUAAAAAUGCGAAGAAGUAUGUUAUAAGUCCAAAGUGUGGAAGCUAACAAUUCUACCAUCUUCUAGAAGCCAAGCAAAUCAAAAUCAUAGGCAAAUGAUCCUUUAACCCCUUCCUUUCCUCUCCCAUCCCCCCUGUAGAUGCCUGAAUGCCACAUGGGCCCCACUUCUGACCCCCACUUGUGUAACACUAUGGAAGUAUUUUCAAGGCAAGGUCAAUGUUUGGAAGUUUUGACUAAUUUAUGAAUGGGAUAGAUAUUGCGGACUAUACCUACACUAUACUGAUUUCACGGCGAGUGAAAUACAUUCACUUUGUUAACUUAGAGGGUUAGAAUGAUGGACAAGACUGGCAAAGAAAGCCAAGGCCAGGGACUACAGGACAGAGAGAAGCAGGGCUGAAGAGAUGGCUCAGUGGAAAAGACACUUGUAGGCCAGCAUGGUGAUCCAGGUUUCAGUGGUUGAGGAAGGGACCCAACACCUGAAGUCGCUCUCCAAGCACAACUUGUGUAGCAGCACCCCCUUCACACAUAAUAAUAGUAAAACUAUUUUAAAAGAAAAACAAUUUACCCUUCCAAACACAUGCAGUGUCCAUAUACCAUGAAACCACAUGGAGGCAUAGAUAACAAUGUUUGUAAGUAAAUAGUUAUCUUAAAAGGUUUGAUAGAACACACUUGUUUGAAUAUUUUCACAGCAGAAAGACUAUCUUUUAUCAACACUUUAUGCUUUGUUUUAUAAAUGCUGAAAAUGUUAAAUCCUGGCUUUGACAACCAGUUCUUCAAUAAUAAAAUAGAAUAAACACUG